UGAGGCGGAAGCAGUUUGUUCUCAUUUGAAACAAUUUUGUUGUGGUCCUCCUCUUCCUCGCUAAAACCAGGCUGGGUGCUGCCCAUCUGUUUCUUUUUUCCUGGUAGUCAGAUUUUUGUGCAGCUACAGAAAAUGAAGAAGUUUUUCGAUGACUUUAAGAAAGACAUCAAAUUUAAAUCCGCGGGACCCGGGAAGAAACUAACGGAAGACACCAGUGCCAAGCCUGAGGUGGUGCAGGGCAGAUCCAGUGUCAAGCACGAUCGCCAUGCCCCCAGUGAAGGAGCCCAGAGGGCUGGAGCUGCAGCCUUGGCCAGGAUUGAACAGCAUCAGAAGCCGAAGGUUCACACCUCCCAGGACGCCAUCAGGACCCAGGUAAAAAGAGAACUUGAGGCCGAGGCAGCUGCACUUGCUGAAAAAGAAAAGGCAGCUGCAGCAGAGGGCUCCAAAGUGCCAGUGAAAGAUCCCACCCUUCUCUCGGUAUCGGGCGUCUAUUUCAUCUGUCCACUAACUGGAGCCACAUUAACCAAGAGCGAGAGGGAAGUACACAUUAAAGGGGCCAUUUUAAUGCGGUUUGAGGAAGAUGCAGUCGAGGCGUCUGUUAUGAUGAUGCACACAUUUAACAAAGACAGAGAGAAAGUGAAGGCUGCUGUGGACAUCAUAAGCAAAUAUGUUGAAAAUAUAUGCAAGAACCCCACAGAAGAGAAAUACAGGAAAAUUAAACUCAGCAACAAAGUGUUCCAGGAGAAAGUAAAGUCUGUGGAGGGCAGCAGGGAGUUCCUGCAGGCUCUGGGCUUUACAAGUGUGAUGCUUCCCAUAGAGGGCCAAGAGGAGGAAGAGGAGUUCCUGGUUUUGCCAGAGCAGAGCCCCGAUGCGCUGGAGCUGAUGAAGGAGAGGAGGGAUCGUCUUCAGAGAGGCGAGCCGGUCAGAGCGCAGCUGGACAGGCAGCCUCAAGCUUUCAGGCAGUCUCCUAACGCUCAACGCUUUGAGCUGCCGCCAGAGUUCUACAACCUGACGGCGGAGGAGCUCAAAAGGGAGCAACAGCAGAGGAGUGAGUUAGUAGAGAAGAGUGCCAUGCUGCGCACUAAAGCCAUGAGGGAGAAAGAGGAACAAAGGGAGAGGAGGAAAUACAACUACACCCUGCUCAGGGUGAGACUACCUGAUGGAAACCUGCUACAAGGAACAUUUUAUGCCUGGGACCGGAUGCCUGUGCUAUUUUCAUUCAUGCGGGAGUCUCUGGUGGACGGUUGGCAGCCCUUUGAACUGAUUGCUCCUGGAGGUCAAAAACUACAAGAAUCUGAAGACAUUGCUCUCGCAGAGUGCAACUUGGUCCCUGCUGCGCUGCUCACGUUUGCCUGGGAUGCAGCUGUACAGGCUGAUAUUGCAGCUGCAGGUGGAAAGAGCCCCACUCUCCUCAAACCGGAACUGCUGGAAAACAUUCGGAGCCUGAGCUGAGCACGAGUACUCUCCCCCGAACCCUCCCCUCUACCUUCCUCUUUCCUCUCACACUACUGGGGUGAAUUCGGCCCUUUACUAGUGACACAUUUAUUUUUGCAAACUCUAACCUAAGUCGGUAGCAGUGAUAGAUUAGGGGCAAUGUUACCCUAAUAUAUUUGUUGGGCUGAGCAUAAUUUCCCCAUGGGGAUGAGGUCACAACACAGCCUGCUUCAGCAGGACAUGUUGAAGGAAGCACUGCUGACAGAUGGAAGGAGAAAGCAAGAGCACAUGCUUGUUUUGGGGGGUUUUGCAUCCUGAUUGUACAUGCUGUGUAGUAAACAGACUCUGCAGCUGCAGUCUUUCCUGUUCAACCCAAGUCAGUCAGGUAGAGUUUUCAAAGCAUGUUGAGACCCUGUUUUAACUGUGUCACCACUCCCUCCCCUUUAGAAAAAAAUAAAUGGCAAAGACCGUUCAAGA